AUGCUGCGUCGAUCGGCCCGCGCGAGGGUGCCGGCGGCGGAUCCGGACAGCAUCACCACGAGCCCCAAUGCUGGUGCUGGCUCCUCGCCGGGCAGCAGCAGCCGGCUGUCGCCGUCGCCAAACAAGCGCAAGAGGAGCGCCGCCUCGCCCGACGGCAGUCCGACGACGACGACGAUGACGACGACGAAUGCAGACGACGCCAAGCGGAGCCCGUCGUCGCCGCCGCUGAAGUCGCGCAAGGUGAUUCUGUCGACGCGAAGCAGCAGGGCACGGCUAGCGGGCAGACGGAGCGGUGAGGCCGACGACGAGCAGCCGCAUUCACCGCCCUCAUCGGCGCGCAACAACUCGCAUCCAGCGGAUGGACACAAGCACGGUGAGGCUAGCCAGCAAGCGGCUUCAGCUUUUGCUUCAGCUUCGGCUUCGGUUUCGGCUUCGGUUUCGAAUGGCGCUGGCGAGCACAUGCACCAGCAGCAGCAGACGACGGGGCCGAGCAGCACCAAGACUUCUGCCCGCGACCUCGAUCUCGACGUGGAGCCGCUGCAGGGCUUGAGUCAGCAGCAGGCGGGCGAGAGUAAAAACAAGGUCGGCGAAGUGGAAGAGGACGGCGACGACGACGCCUGGCGGCACUUGGACGACCUCACCGUCGAGGCAGACGUCCGGGACAAGCUGACGACGGUCAUGGAGGCCUACUUUGGCGACCUCAUGGCCUCCAAGGUCGAGGUGCCCGCUCCCGACGCCCGGUCGACGAGGGGAAGCGGCGGUGGUGGCGGCGGAGGUCACGUGGCGACGACGACGACGACGCUGCGAGACGUGGUGAGGGCAAAGGAGGUGAAGCUCAAGACGAUCCGGAACCACCUGCUGCGUGUGCGUGAGCCGCUGGUGAGCGCGCAGUCGGCCCGCGCCCUCCUCUCGGGCUCCCACGUCGGCCCAGGCAGGGACCGCGUCGAGGCGGACCGCAGGACGCUGUCGCAGAUCGGCCUGCUCCUCGGCGUCGUCGACGAGGUGGCUGCCUCGCUGCGCCAGGCCCGCCGCGACGACGACCUGGCUGCUGUUGCGGCGGCUGCUACUGGUACGGCUCCUACUGCGGCUGCUGCGACGGCUGCUAGCAAGCGCGACACGGUCAAGAAGGAGGAGGAGGAAGACGACGGUGGCGUCUUUGAUGACCUGGACCGGCCGCCGCGAGAGGCACGGUACGCGCUGCACAUGCGCCUGCCCGGCGGCGACUACUACACCAACGCCGUCAGCCUGCAGCCCAGCGAGGCCCUCGAGCUGGACACGGGCCACGCCAAUCUCGUCAGCGUCGUGCAUCCUGCGCCGCCUGCCGCGCCUGUCCCCACGCUCGGCCAGCGCCUGGCCAAGUCGCAGCCCCAGGUCGCCGCGCGCGCCGCCCGGUUCGAGAGGCAGCGCCGGGAGCGCGCAAACGAGGCCAAGGCCACGCCCGUCUCGCACCUCUACUACGGGCCCUAUGCCUCCUUUGCGCCCGCAUACGACUCCUUUGACGGCACCAUGGGCCUCGCGGCCAGCUGUGCGCUCUGGCGGUCCCGGUAUGAGGACCGGCAGCUGCUGCGGCGCAUGGCUCGCGAUGCACCCCCGCCGCCCUUUGAGCUCGGGUCCGCAGAAGAGGGAGAAGAAGGCAUCGACGAGCUCGUGGCGUCCCUUGGCGACGACGUCGACGCAGAUGGACUCCUGCGCAGCUUCUACCGCCAGCUCGACGACAGCGCCGCCGCCGACGUCGACGAGGCCCUUGCACGCAACGAGGCGCUGCUGGUCCUGCUCGACGAGAUGCAGCAGCAGCGCAUCGAGCGCGCCUUUGCCGACGACAUGCUCGCCUCGCGCGAUGCUCGCGACAAGGGCCACCACUCCCGGGCCACCGUAGCCGCCGACAAGUCGCACCCCAGCCACGAGGAGCAGGAGGUGGCCGGCGCCCUCGUCGCGUCGCUCGCUCACCUCGUUGCACGCCGGCCCAGGACGCCACAGGGCUCGCUCGUGCUGCCGCGCGAAGAGCUGCUGCGCCGCGCGACGUCGUCUGCCCUCGUCGAUCCGGCGCUUGUUGAUGGCCGCGGCUCAGCGGGCUAUUGGGGAAUCAUCGACGAUGCCAGCUAUGUGCAGCCGCCCUCAACAUCAACGUCGGGCUCGUCGUCGCGCCGUUCGAUGCCGUCCUCGUCGCGACGGGGCCCGCCGGCGAUCCGCGACAACGAGACGGUGCAGCUGACGAGAGAGGCAGAGGCAAAGGCCGUCGCCGCCUCGCAGCACAAGGGCGCCCCCUGCCUCGGCUCGACGCGCGACCGCGGACGGGAGCUCCUCGAGCGCGUGGCUGCGACGCGCGCAUACAGCGACAAGGACCACCCCCACGAUCGGCCCCAGCCGACGCCGCCCAAGAAGCUGCCCACCGCUCCGCCCGGCAGCCAAGGCGCCGCCAAAGCGGCUGCUGGUCAGUCUCCAUACCCACAGCAGCAGCAGCAGCAGCAGCAGCAGCCACAGCAGCCUCAGCAGCCUCAGCAACAGCAGUCGCAGCAGUCGCAGCACCCGGCCUAUCGCCAGCAGCAGCCGGCCGCCGCGACGCCAACGACGAGGCCGACGCAGAGCUAUGCCACAACGACGCCGGGCAUGGUCAAUGGCGUCUCGCCGCGGCCACCGCCCACCGGCUGGACGCCCCAGCAGCAGCAGCAGGCGCCCUACUAUCAACGCUCCUCCUCCAACUCCUCCUGGUCCACGCCGGCAGCCCAGCCGCAGAGGAUGGCGUACGGAGCGACACCCCCUCAGCGAUAA